CUAUGUGUCCCUGGCACUUUUCAAGGAAACAGCAGUGAGUCGGAGGAGGAGCACAGUGCAGGGAGCCUGCAGGGCCCGCCCAUCCCCAGUGCACACCGGCUGCCCGACUCCAAGCUCCAGCCCCUGCACACCAAGAUGGACAUCAUCAGGAAGGGCAACGCCAAGGAGAGCCAGCGCUACAAGCUGGACUACGAGUCUCAGAGUACCGACACCCAGAACUUCUCCUCCGAGUCUCCUGAGUCCAAGAAGGAGACAGAAUAUGGACCCUGCCGCCGGGAGGUGGAGGACACCCUGAACCGCCUCAAGUUCUUGGACAUGCUCAGCCCCGGGGGCAUCUACCUCCCCAACUGUGACAGAAAGGGCUUCUACAAGAAAAAGCAGUGCCGCCCAUCCAAGGGCAGGAAGCGAGGCUUCUGCUGGUGUGUGGACAAGUAUGGGCAGCCACUGCCCGGCUUCGAUGCCCGGGGGAAGGGCGAAGUUCACUGCUACAGCACGGAGACCAAAUAGACGCUGCUGGCCACUUCACGUGGAGCUCAGAAAUGCCUUAUUUUGCACAAGAGAUCACCAAGGACAUGAUCAGCGUCUGGCUACAGCCUCAAUUUAUAUUUCUUUUUGUGGUGAAUUGAUUUUUCUUGUAACCAAAGUUUAGGAAGAGAUGUCUGCAGUGCUAGGGUGCUUCUGGGUGGUGGGCUGGAGCCCCUUCCGCUGCCCGGGGGUCCAAGAGAUGCAGCUUGGUCUUUCUUCUCGCUUCCUUUAAAAAUUCGUGUAACUCAGCAUGGCGGGACCUCACCUGUCCCCACGUGUCUGCCGACACAGCUGGCCCUCCGCUCCAAGACCGAGCAAGCAUUGCCGCCAUAGUGUGCAUGGUCCAUCCCCACUCGGCCUCUGUUCUGCAAGAAUGGGGAGCCCCCGCGCCCUGCUGUCUGGAUGUCCCAGCCCACCUGCCUGGAGGCAAGGCCCUGGCGUCCUGGCUCUGGCGAAUCUCCAAGUGGCCUGAACUGGGGAACUAGCAGAGAGCACAGGUGGAGUCUCACAUGUGAAAAAAGAAAAAAGACCCAGAAUGCUCUAGGGAGAGACUCCGGACACACGCAGGGAGGAAGGCGGGUGACUGGGCUUUGCAGCUGGCUGCAGGGGGCAGGGACAGCAGGACUCACCCCUGGAACAAGGGCAGGGUUCUUUGAUGACCACAGAAAAUAGCAUUUUCCUGUUCAGCAAUUCCAGAACGAGGGUUUUUUAUUUUGGGGGUUUUGUGUGUGUGGUUUUUUUUUUACCACAAGCUCUGUAAAGGCAAAGGAUGUUUAUUUUUUUCUCUCGCCUUUGUCCUCCUUGGCGCAACGUAAAAAGAGUAAAAACAGUUUUAUCACCUACAAAGACAGAUGGCUUGUCGGGGACGCUGGGGGCACGAAGAGAAGCCCAGCCCUCCGCCCUUGGCCUUGUCCUCUCGGAGUCACACAUAGGCACGGAGGAGGUACGUUCUCCACACUGUCCCCCAGAUAGGCCAGGACCCGUGCUAGGGCAUCACAGACCUUCGCUGCGCUAGUGAAGAGAGAAACACACCCUCCCCCCGGGAGCAGAGCUCAGGCUGCAGGUGAGCAGGGGACGCCCCUGGUGGACGCGCCCUGCCACCCGGCCCUCCUCAAGAGUAC